AUGAAUAUUUCCGAGGAAAAGUGGUCAAUUCAACAGACUUCUCAAGUUCCUCCUUCUCCUCAACAUCAACAUUCUACAAUGUCACCACAGAUGAACGGUAUGCCUACGGAAAACUUUAUGCAACCAUUUCCAUACGAAAGUCAAGCAACGCAAGGUCAAAUGCACUCUCAGCAAAUUUUCCACAACGAGCAUAGCACACCACCCGCGUUUUAUUUUGUACUUGGUACAAACUUGUUUGGGUUAUGCAAGUUGAUGUUUCUUCCCGCCGCGUGUUACCUUACACACGCUUUAUGCCCUGAAGUCUUUACGCUGCGUCCUGCCGCUCUCCUGCCUCUACUACUUUCCUCCCUUUCUGACAUAACCAGUUAUCACCGUUUUGUUUCAAUGUCUACCCCUGCUACUCCUACGACACCUCGACAGAAUGAUUCUCCGAACAUCAAUUCAACCACAAAUACACAAAACUCUGCUCCUGAUCGUAAAAUUGACAACCGUCCAACAUUCACAUCAUUUCACGCGGCACCCUUCCAGCCUAGUGUUAGGAAGCGUAGGGCAGAUGCAUCUGGUUUCCCAGUAGACGCUGGCCCUUUCUUUUCACCGACUCAACAACAUUAUAAUUUAUGGAGCAUGGACAGGACUUAUAGUUUUAAACUUCGUAUCAAUUCAAAAGUUGAUCGUGGUUUCUUUUUGGCCGAUAAUGACUGGACGUGUUAUCGAAGAAAUUAUUUUCAAAUUAGCAGUGCAUUUUCCAUUUCAAGCGCGACUCACCCUGUUAACGAAGCUGAUGUACCAUGCUUGCUUGAAGUAGACGGUCAAUUUCAUACAGUAACUCAAUUCUUAUUAGGAAUCACAGCACGAGUAUCCAACAGUGACAAAAAGAUUGAGUUAGUACAACAUACUCCAAAACGUGAUAAAGGUCCUCAAAUGGUUCCUGUUCCAAAACCUAUUCGUCCUGGUGGAAAUUUAAAUCUUAGUUCAGUUGGUUCUAAUUCAAAUAUAGUUACUUUUGAACGUAUUCAAUUUAAAACUGCUACUGCAAAUAAUGGAAAGCGUCAUUUUAAUAGUGGACCUUUUCCAGGACCAUAUGGACAGUAUCCACCUUUUCAAGGUUUUCCACCAGUAACUGGUGGACCAAUUAGAAAUGAUGCUUUAUUAAUGAUGGCAGGUCCAAAUGGACAAACCCCACCUUUUCAUCCACAACAUCCUCAUCAACAAUAUAUGGUACCAGCAAUUGGCGAUGCUGAAAAUCAAAAUCCUGAAGUUUAUAAUAAUCCUAACAUGGAUCCGAAUAUUGUUAACGUUGCUACAACUUCUGCUCCACACUCUGCAUUCUCUAAUUUUGAGUCACGUCAAAUGCCAAACGCAAAUUCGAAUGUUGCUGCUGUAGGUGGCAAACCAUUUAUGAAGAUUGAAAUUCCACAAUCAACGGAACUUCCAGAUCAUCCUCUAACUUCUCCAGCAUAUCAUUCGCAGGAGUAUGUAGAAGGAUUACAUUUCUAUCAUACACCCGCUAAUAGCGCAUCUGCACAUCAUGGAGGUUACCAUUCUGAUAGUGAGCAACAUCAUAGUAAUGGUGUAAACCAAGAAAAUGGACGACAAACAAGAUUAGAUGAAUCUUCAGAACAUAAUUCUAAUCAACCUCAUUCUCCACAAGUUAAUGGUGAUAAAUCAGAACAUGGUUCAAAAUCGCCAUCUACAACAAGCAAUGGUAGUAAUUAG